AUGCCGUCUGAAACCAUUCCUGUCGUCUUCGGGGUAAAGAAUUUCCAAGAGGAGAUCAAGAACACCAAUGACAAGCGUGAGGCUAAGAACCACGUGAAGAGCGUCCUUGAACAUUACGACAACAUGAAAAACAACAUGCCCCAGCUUGCUCUGGACAAGCUUGCCAAUUUUCUGUCGACAGAAAAUUGGGUAACAUGUGUGGCCAAGCCAAGCCAGUACCGACUAUAUAAAAUCUUGAAGGGCCAGGGACGUAAACACCAGAAGCUUCAUUUUGGUAUGUGGAUGGUUGUUUCGGCCAUCUGGCCUAAUGUCGACGUUGUCAUUGGGCUUGCGGAUGAUAUGUCCAAGCACUGGGGAGUACAAUUCCCUGGAACGAGACCAUGGUUCCCGCCUAGUCUGUCCGAUGACACUAUUGAAGACAAAUGGGAAGGCAAUGUUCUUGAGCCUGUUGAAAGGAAGAACGUCAAGAAGGGUAGGAAGAGCGGAGAGCACGAAGAGUCCGGAGACGAAGAAGACAAGUCCAGCGACGAAGAGUCUGACGACAGUGACACCGAUAAGAAGGAAGAGAAGCGAAAAGCGGACCUUCUCGAAGAAGCCAAUGUGAAUUCUAUACCCAAGAAACAGAAGAAAGGCGACAAAGCUGUCACUGUCCUGUCCGACGACGAGAGUGAACCAGGCAUAGAAACACUUAAACCCGAGGAAAUGAAGACACAACUCCUAAAAGCACAGAACGAAAUAGCACAGCUGAGAGGCAUGUUGAGAGCCGAGACCAAGGACAAGGAGAGAUUGGCCAAGGAGAACAACAAGUGGCAGGCCACUGCUCAAGAAAAAAUUGCUGCCAUGAAGAAAGUGUCCUCCGAAAACAAAGAGCUUGAAGACGACAACGUGAAGAAGGCUCGAGUUAUCCAACAGUUCAAAGACGAGUUUCGGCAACAGGAGGACGCUAUAUCCAACAACAAGGCCAAGAACAGGGAGACUAAGGCUAAGCUUCAGGACAUCAGGCUUAAAUACGACAACAGUUUGAUUGCUCUUGAAGAUGCCACUUCUAAACAGGAGGACACCGAGGCUGAACUCAAAAACACUGAAUCCAAACUCGAGAAGUCCCGCAGUAGCGAACAGGAUCUCCAGCGACAGAUCGUAAACUUACAGCAAAGAGUCAGGGGCUGGGAAGUAGCAGCAGGCCAGGCCAACUACGCCAAUCCGGCCACUAUCAGCCUGUCAAUCCAUGGAAUAGCCACACAGAUGGAAGACGGAUUCAAUCAGGUGAAAAACGCCAUGGCAGAACUCGCAAAGAAAGGGCAGGACGGGUUUGAUGCUAUUACAAAGGAGAUGUCUAAAAAGGACAACUGA